UCACAAAUCUUACUUCCAACUACACCUUAUUUUUUUAACACUUGUUGUUCCCUUGUAACAUAAUUCAACCUAUUAGAUUAAAUUUAAGUGGGACCAUAAUAACCAAUCUUAACAGAUUUUCCCGCCAAAACUCAAUUCCAAACACACCACUUUUGACAUGCAUUCUGCAUGACAUACAUACUCAACCACCUACCACCACCACUAUUCUUCAAUGGCAGCCAAACUGUUGCUUUUUCCGGUGACUCUCCUGCUACUUCUCCUUCCUUUCACCACCGCGCUCCCACCAGAGACCAUCGCCAACGCGGCCGACACGCUCUCCAACUCCGGCUACGUCGCUAUGUCCCUAACCCUAAACCUCCUCUCCACUUCCUUACUCUCUCAAACAAACUCCGCCACCAUCUUCACACCUCCGGACUCCAUUUUCGCUCUCUCCGGCCAACCGCCUCUCUCUCUCCUCCAACUCCACAUCUCACCGUUACUUUUCUCUCUCUCUAGCCUCCGUUCUCUCCUUCCUGGCACCAGAAUCCCCACCGUUUCCUCCAACACCUACCUAACAGUUACUUCUCCUUCAUUCUCCGAUCAGAUCUCAAUAAACAACGUCAACAUCAUCGGAUCUCCGGUUUUCGACGACGGAUCGUUGAUUAUAUACAGUAUCGAGAACUUCUUCGAUCCGGAUUCUGAGAUCUCGAAAGCUCCGGUGCAGAUCGAGAGUUUCAACAGUUUCAACGGUUGUGAUGCAUCGUACGGUUCAGGUGAUAAAAACUACUCGUUUCGUAACGCGAAUAACGUGUUGAUAUCCAGAGGAUACUCUGUUAUGGCUUCGUUUUUGAACCUGCAACUGCUAGGGUUUCGGAGUGAACAUAAUUUGAGUUUGACGGUUUUCGCUCCGGUUGAUGAAGUGAUGGUUGAUUAUUCAGGAAGGUUUCCGGAUUAUGCUUCUCUGUUUAUGCGGCAUGUGUUGAAUUGUAGAAUUUCGUGGAGAGAGUUUGAUAAUGUUGUUGACGGAACGAGUUUGAGUACGUAUUUUAGUGGAUUUGGAGUAAGAGUUAGUAGAUCUGGUGGUGUGUUGAUGGUGAAUGAGGUUCCGGUUGUGUUUCCGGAUAUGUAUUAUAGUGAUUGGCUGGUGAUUCAUGGUGUUUCUGAGGUUUUUUCUGUUCUGGAACCGGUAGAAGAUGUUGAUGAUUCCGAUGGUGAUUUUGAUGAUCGAAUUCCGUCUAGUCAUGCUGCGAAGGAGCCGGAUGUUCCUGCGGUUUCAUUUAAGACUGAGUUUUAGCUGAUUGAUCCUGUAAUUGAUCUGUAGGCAAGUCUAAUAGUUAGAUUUUGAAAGUUGUUUAAUUUCAUUUUUUUUAUUGAAUUUUGUUGACUAUAUUGAUUCAGAUGAAAUUCAUAGAUUCAUAUGAUCAAAUUGCAAAUA